AUGAAUGCCAAGAUUGGACAAGGAAUAGUCGAGAACGUAGUGGGACAUUACGGAUUGGGAGUGAGAAAUGAGAGGGGAGAACGCAUAAUAGAAUUUUGCCAACAAACAGAUUUUACAAUUAUGAAUACCUUCUUCAAACUACCCCCCAGAAGACUAUACACUUGGAAAUCUCUGGCUGACUGUAACCAUAGAAUCGUGAGAAAUCAAAUUGAUUUUGUGAUGAUAAACAGAAAAUACCGCAACUCCGUCACGUCCUGUAAAACCUAUCCAGGCGCAGACAUACCAACAGACCAUAACUUGCUACUGGCUCGAAUCAGACUCCGAUUAAAGAAAAUAGUCAAAAAAAGGCCCUCGAAGCGACUUGACGUACGAAAACUCCAACAAGAAAUUAUACUACAACGAACUAAGGAUACAAUAAAUAACGAACUGAGAAUUAUUUCCGAGGAGAGCAAUCCUGAAAUAGAAGUAGAACAGCUGUGGAACAAAAUAAGAAGAUCCAUAACUUCCAUAACGGAGAGGGAACUGAGGCCCGAUAAGACAGUGAAAAGAAAAGAAUGGAUGACUGAUAAUAUCCUGAGACUUAUGGAGGAAAGAAGGCAACACCGAAACAAAGAUAACCAAAAAUACAAGGAAACGCAUAGCCAAGUCUUGAAAGCAAUCAAGGAGGCUAAGGAACGAUGGCUUCAGGAAAGAUGUAUAGAGAUCGAAAUGUUACAAGCAAAACAUGACAGCUUCAACCUACAUAAGAAAAUAAAGGCAGCAACCGGAGGAUAUCGAGGAUGGAGGCAGUACAUGGAGGAGCUCUUCGGAAACGAAAAUAGCGACGACAUAACUGCAGGAACUGGCAAUAUAGGGCCCACCAUUACACAGGAAGAAGUGGAAGCAGCUAUCAAACGUCUGAAAAACAACAAGACUUCCGGACCGGAUCAGAUACACGGAGAAGUUCUUAAACUGCUGGACUCGGAACAAGUUCAACUACUGACCACCCUAUUCAACAAUAUUUAUACAGGUGGUCCAAUCCCAAACGACUGGCUGCUAUCACAUUUAUACCGCUUCCCAAGAAGGCAAACGCGACCAAAUGCUCUGAUCACAGGAUAA